UUGAGGUUAAUGAAUCAGUAUUAUGUCUACAAAGCUCACCCAGUACGGUUUACUCUAUUAACAGUUAGUACAUGGUUAUGCUUACAAUGUUUAUGUCAUAUCUAUAUAGUCCAUUCAUUCGUGAUGCAAGAUGUUGGAAAUAAUCUUGGCGUGCGUGCAGCCAAGUUGUCGCGUGGAGCCGGCAACUGAAGCAGCGAGCCGUGCCCUUGUGGCCGGAUCUUGCGGCUGCCAAGGUCGUGGGCUGUUUGUUGGCUGCAUGCAUGGUUGUUAGCUGCAUGUGUGUGUGCUAGCUGACUCGUGCGUUUGUGGACUUAGUUAGUGCAUCCGUGGGUUAGUUGGUUAGCGUGUGAGUGCAUGUGUACAUGGAGGUACUCCCUCCGAUCCAUAUUACUUGUCGCUCAAACGGAUGUAUCUAGACGUAUUUUAGUGCUACAUACAUCCAUUUGAGUGACAAGUAAUAUGGAUCGGAGGGAGUAGUAGGCGAGUCUGUAGCCUCUAUGUUCAGUGCUGUGCCUGUGCGUGUAGGUGGCAGUGCCAAGAGACGGCGAGUGGCUGUGAGGGCGGCUAGGAGUCAGAAAAGGUAGUCGCGUGUGUAGCAUGACUAAGAGUUGGUGUGAGUCGCCAUGUACUUGUGAAUCGUGUGAGUCGUGAAUACAAGAAAAACGUUGGCGUUUGUCGCCGCAGGCGUUCGUCGCUGAAUAAUGAGUUCGUGUCGAGUUUGUCUUUUCCAUCCGGUGUUCGAGUCGCCGGAGGCACAGCUCAGCGUUCGCCGCGGAGGCUGUUCGGCGUAUGUCGCCAGAGGCAACUCCAACAUAAGAGCUUUCAAUGUCAUGUUUAUGCUCACAAUCAUUCAUGAUGUGUUCCGUUCCUUAAAUAAUUUAUCUACUGAGCAAAAUGUAUUGUUUGCUUGUUGCUGUAACCAAGCAUCCCAUCUUUUGACCAUUCGAUGGUUCAGUUUCUCAGUUUGGGUAUAUAUAAGUCAUAAGAGUGCAUUCGUUGAAACCCCUCGCCCUCUCAUCCUAGCCAUUCCUUUUUUUUUCUGCAACUAAAAUUCUCAAUAUUGUUCAUCACAAUUCUUUCAUUUCUGUCCUAGCUAGAAGCAUUACUUCAAUUUCAACUAUCAUUGGUGUUUUCACUCAUUUUUUUGCUUUCAUAUCUAGUUUAUGAUUAAUCUUUUUCUAGCCAUCAACAAAAAGAACUGGUCUUUCCCCUCUUAAUCCUUGUUCUUUCGCAUAUACGAAAAUAGUCUUUGUUUGUAGUGAUUAAUAAAAAAUAAGAAAAAUUUAUCCCCUUUGCUAUUCAUCAUUAGGAAUACAUAAAGUCCAUUUCUGUUUUCCCUGUUAAUUGUUGUUCUUUCGCUGAUCCAAAAUAGUGCUUGUUUCUAAUGAUCAAUACAGAAAAAAAAGAUUGCUUAUUCCACUUACCAUUAUAAUAUUGCUCUUGCACAUCUAUAGUACAAUUCUAUUUUCAGCGAGUAAUCAUUAUUUUGAAAAAUCAUCUCUGUUUCCCUUUACUACUGUUAUUUCAUAUCUGCAGCUACUCUUUUUAUCUAGCUUUUCAUUUUUUCUAUUGUGUUCUUGCAUCUAGACUUAAUUUCUUUUUCCACUGAUCAAUACAAAAGAAAAUCAUUGGCUUCUUCCAUUUGUUGUUUCUUCAUGUUUAAUUUGCUUGCUUUUCUAGAUAUCAAUGCCAAUGAAAAUACCAAAAAGAUUGUUGAUUUUUUCCUUUAGUGAGAGUUUUUCAAGUAAAUCCAGUUGAUCAGAUCGAUCAUCUCUUGACAUUCAUACUAUAGACAUACAGUGCCACAUUCUACCAACAAGGUACUUUUGCUGUUAUUUUUUUCUUGGCUGUAUAACAGCUAAAAAUGUCAACUGCUUAUGUUUUCUCAGGACCGUGGAAGGAAAUUAGGUGCAGCUAUCAAGCCAAGUUUAAGAGAAUUAAUAUUUGUUUGCCAGCCUUCAGUUUAAGAGUUACUGAACAUUGUUUCUUGGUGAUCUAAGAUCCUGCAUGUGACAAGUUGUUCCCGGUUUCAAAGCUUCUCAGAAGGCCAGCCCAGAGCUGAGAGGUCAAUUUGUGCAAACUAGCAAGUUUGUUACACUACUGAACAUAAGUCAUGGAAUCAUCUUCAUGGGAAAAAUGGCCCGAUCAUGUACGGGAUAAAUGGCGUGAUGAUCUGAGAGAUAUAGAUUUUUGGUUUAAUGGAUACCGUAAAACGGAGGCAUACAUUGUCUUGGUGUAUCAACCGUUCUUAGGUCCAAAUGUUUGUUGGAAUGUUGGCGUGGGGCCCAUGGCUUCAUUCACACGAGCCAUGUCAGGCGUGGGUGUGCAGCAAAUCCAUAAGUACCAUAGAGAAUUCAAACCCGUGAUAAAGGUGGAUCUGAAGCCCACGCCAACGGCAGAGGAAGCCCAAGGAAGAGGCUUCAUGAGCACCAAGUACCAGCUGGCCCUCGCUGCAGCAAAGGAGCUUGGCCUGCUCGACCAACGAUACAACUGGCUCAAGGAAAAGCGGGAUGAGCUACAGUACUACACCUGCGGGUCCUAUGAUGAUGCUACCUCCGCAGAUUUGGCGUGGCACGUGCGGUACAAGAUAGUUCCUCAGAUCAUCAAACAGUUGGCAGCCGAGAGGUACUUGCUAGUGGCUGAGAACCUCCAAGGGCCAAUUGAGCCUGGCAGUUUUACACGGGAUUGCGGGCUUCCUCUGCUCGAGUGGGCAAAUUCUCGUUGGCUCAUCUCGACCACUUCUCAUGAUGCCUACAACAAGAGCAAGUCAGAAGGCGAUCAAGUUAUAUCCAUUGACAAAGAUGAAGAUGUUGUGGUGCUUAUCCUCUUUGCAAUGCAUCAAUCAGCAGAGCACAUACACGGUGCGAUGCGUCAAAAAAGCAAGCAGUACUGGCAUUGCAUAGCCCUCCAAUGCUUCCACUACGCCAUGGCAGUGUUUGGCAAACAUUCACAUGUUGCAUCUAUUACCUCGGACGAGCUCAUCCACCACUGGGCCGCCCAGGGCAUCUUGCCAUAUAUGGCCAUCGAGGAAGAAGAAGAAACCAGCACCAUCAACACCAAGUUUUCAAAUAUGCAUCGAAUUGGAAGGGUCAUCCUCGAAGCAUUCCAUAAGUACUCUUUGUUGCAGCUACCCUUUUCUCCUGCAACUGAAGCUUAUGAAGCCUCCAAUACCGGCGCACAAUUCUUUGCAUACCAUGGCCUCAUUGCAGAAGACAUCACAGUUGAUGAACUACUUGAUGAGAAGAAGAAAUGGAUUUCAUUCGCCAGUGACCAUGGAUGCCAUGUAAGCCGAGAAUGGUGGAACCCAGAGGGAACAAGGGGCACAACUACACUUAUCCUAAGAGGCUGCUCAGAUCAAUCACUCAUUCUUUCCAAGCUAGACCAUUUCUUGCCAGAACUUUGUUUUCUUCUUGUUCUUGAUCUGUCCUACACUCCAAUAAAAGCACUCCCUUCUUCCAUUGGUUAUCUACAGAACCUUCGGUUGCUCUCACUUAGAGGUUGCCAUGAUCUGAAAACUCUUUCCAAUUCAUCCACAACAAAUGCCACAAACUCAUCAACAAAUAUUAGUUCAUCGUCACCAUUGUCCACUCUAUACAAGCUAGAAAUUCUUGAUAUGAAUGGUGUUCCUGUUUCUCAUCUGACACAAGAUGUGGCCAACCAAAAGAGCAAUCUGAUUUAUCUCGACAUGUCCUAUUCGAAAAUAACUACUUUCUCUCCCACUUUUUUUGAGGACAUGUCAAAUCUGGAGGAGCUUAUUAUGACAAGCUGCUCUAACCUUGUGGAGCUACCUCCUUCAAUGGCUUCUCUAUCCAGCCUAACGACCCUUGAGGUCACAGGGACUCAAAUAAAAUACUUCCCGCAGAAGAUAUUUGAAGAAAAUAUGCAGAAGCUACGGUCUUUGAAGCUCAUUGACAACAAGGAAUUGAUUUCACUCACAGGACCAAUCUCUAGGGUCAAAGGAAUCAAAUUGGAAGGGCAUCCUAGCAUUGUAUCGUUCAUGUUGAUCGGCACACCUCAUAUAAGGUGUUUGUCCUUGCAUGGAUGUAGAAAACUUGAGUCUAUCGAGAUCAAGAAUCUUGCUGCCUUGGAGGAGGUUGAUUUGUCCGGUACAGCUAUUAAGGAGCUCUCUGCCGACAUCCCUAAUCUUCCCCAGCUUAGGAGAUUACUCCUCGUGGGUGUUCCUUCCCUGCGGCGAUUUCCUUGGCAUGAGCUGGAGCGACUCCCGGAUGUGUUUUACUUGGAUCAUUGUCCAGAAGGAAAUGACAAUUAUUCUAAUCAAGUUACCCAAGUGUGUGUAACUGACCCCAGGUUCUUCCAUAGCUUCCGUAACACUGCUUUGAAUUCAGUAAGAGAUGGACGGUUUUUCCAAUCAUUCUAUAUUCAAGUCGCACCAUGCAUUACCAAUAGAAGGCAAGUACAAGAUGAAGAAGGCAUGCUAGAUAGCAAGUUGGAGGAGUUGCUGCGGAAUCAGUCAACAUAUGUGGAUGUAUUUAGCAGCUAUUUUGCAAAGAAAAUUGCACUUGCAUCACCCCUGACAGUUCCUCUUCACCGGACUGAGCGCCAUGUAGAAUAUAUGUCACUGUCACUGACAACAUAUAUGGCACAAACGAAGCUCACAUGGAUGCAAGAGACACAUACGGGUUUAGGCGGUCUUCUAAACGUCACGAAAUCAGUGUCAGUGACAUAUGACACUUCUAUCUACACAUUUAAUGACCUGAGCGACUUCAUCGAGCUAGAAGAAUGUGAGCUUCGUUUGUGCCAUAAAAUGAAAGAAGUUGUAUCUUACACUCAAGGCUUGAAAAAACUACGCAAUAUGCAUGUCUGUAGUCUCAAAAGGCUAGUUUCGUUCUGUUCACCGUAUAGUUCUUGUGACUUCAGUAGUCUAGAGCACCUGCACUUAGAGGACUGCCCAAGAUUGGAGCACGUGGUGCCACAUACAGCAACGCUGCCAUGCCUCAAGACACUUGACAUAUUAUUCUGCUACAAACUCAAGACAAUUUUCAUCACCCAUCGCUCGCAAGGUAAUACUUAUCAGCUCCCAAGCCUCCAAAGGAUACGUCUCCAGGAGCUGCCACUGCUUCAGCACUUCCAUGACAAGGACGCCACCAUGACAGCACCGAUGUGGAAGGAGCUACACAUCCGAGGGUGCUGGAGCCUCCGACGCCUCCCGCGCCUACAAGGACGCGAGCCGGGGAUGGUGAAGGUCAACGGUGAGAGGAGCUGGUGGAGCAAGCUGCAGUGGGGCUCAACCCUGCACCGCGACAGCUACGACCCCAAGCUUCCCCUGGAGUUCGCCUCCUUCGAUGAGUCUGCCGAGAUGAGCACCUACCUUAGAUGAAUCAACGCUCCAUCCAUCUAUCAGUUGGUGUUCCACCAUACGUCCGCAUCAGCGCCGCAUUACAGAAUACAGUUAUCCCUUGUUACAGUUAAUGUAUAUAUCAGAACAACCCUGCUGUGCAAGAUGAUACUUAUAGUCUCCAGGUGCUUCCAUUGCUCCAUCACAGUGCCGGUGUUGAAGGACCUCCACGUCUAAGAGUGUUGGAGCCUACGAUGCCUCCUGUGCCUGCCCAAUUAACAGUGUUCCACCAUACACCAUAGAGUGCCUUCCUCAACAUUACCUUGUUAAGAAUGUUCCAUCAUACAUCCAUACCAUAGUGUCCAUCCAUAACAUACAUGCCACCCACGUGCAUACCCCUUCCUCCGUAUACACUUGCAUGCCAUCUAUAUGAGUUAAUUUAGAGUUUUUUUCAAAUAAAAGUCUAAUUUCCCUGGUUAUUGUCGACCGCCACUUUGUCUCCCGUGGAAUUAGGUUUAGUUUUCCUUGUUCCAAAACAUUUUAUUCGAGUGUGUUGGUGAUGUAUGUGUAAGGUAUGUAAUGCUGGUGUUUAGCAUGCGAUAUGUUUAAUUAUCAAGUGUGUCUCUGGACUUUAAGUGGCUUGUAUAUUUCUGUAUUUCAGACGUUGUGUUUUACUACAAGUGUGUUGUACUAGCAUCGCUGGUUUUAUUUGUCAAGAUCCAUUUCAAUGUAUGA